GCCCUCCGACGGCUCCCGGCGAGGGCCACACUUCCCCUAGCAUCCUGCCGCCAUGGAGCUGGGGCAGGUGCCGCUGCUCUUCUCCCGCCUGCCCAUGUUCCCCUUCUUCGACCUGGCGCACUACAUGGCCUCCGUCAUGGCGCUGAAGGAGCAGCGGGGCCCGCUUCUCCUUGUCCUAAGCGUAGAGACCGCCUUGUGUUAGCGUAGCCACCUGUGGAGUGACUUCGGGCUGGUAACCGUGCAGGAAACGGAGCUGGCGUUGUGGGCUGUGCGGAGCUGACCGGGAGCUGCAGCGCUCUGUUUGCUUACUGAGAGCUCAUUCUUUGGUCACUUGUGAAGCGUGUCAAGGUGAAUGUUUGCUUCCUGCUGAGUAAGUGCACUUAGCGGGCUGUAAAGGCCAACGUAAAGUGCUGGCAUCUUCACCACGGCUUGUUGCUAGAGCUCAAGUUGUUUCUGGGUGCCAACAUGCAGCACUUCAAAACAUUUCUGCAACUUAAAGAGGAACUUUCCAUCCAAAGGUGGUUAUAAUGCACUGCCUAUAGCCUUUUGCAACGAACACCUGUGGGAGGAGCUGAAGGAUAGGAGUUGCCCCACCGCGCUCAUGUUGAGCGUAGUGCAGCUUCAGUGGCACGUCACCUCAGGGCAGCAGAAGUGAUGGAAGACACAGCACCUGGAGUGGCUUCCUUUCCUUCAGUCAGUAACCUUGCCAAACACCUGGUGAGGUGGAGGAAGCUUUCUUUUCAUUAGCUCUGAGCUGUGCUGUGUCUGGGGGGAGGGAGGAGCACAGUUGAAUAUUCUCGAGGAGGUCACAAGUAAGAUGUUAAGAAGAUUACUUCUCUGCUAAUGCCAGGAGCUGUGGAAGUGUCAAUCCGCAGUCCAGUUGCUUGCUGGUUUAGUGCUAUGCUUUGCUGCUUUGGUGGAUCUGUUUUGUCUUCCUUGAUGCUUGGAGAACCUCCAGUAGCAUUUUUGGCAAAGACCACGAAUAUUCUACUGGCAUCUUCAGUCUGGUAUCUUGUGUUUUACUGCCCACAAGACAAAUUCUACCAGUGCUUUGCAUUUCUGCCUCUUCGGCUUCUGGUUGCAGGAAUGAAAGAAGUGACUAGGACUUGGAAAAUAGUGGCUGGCGUUGCGCAUGCAGACAGUCAUUUUGAAGAUGCCUGGCUUGUCAUGGUAGCUGUGGGCUGGGCCAGAGGAGCUGGUAGUGGCCUAAUCUCCAACUUUGAGCAGUUGGUGAGAGGAGUGUGGAAACCUGAAACCAAUGAACUACUGAAGAUGUCCUACCCUGUGAAGGUAACUUUGAUAGGAGCAGUUCUCUUCACUCUGCAGCACAGCCAGUACUUGCCAAUAGCAAGACACAACCUUAUGUUUGUUUACACCAUCUUUCUAGUAGUUUCCAAGGUAACAAUGAUGUUGACAAGAUCUACAGCUUCUCCAUUUGCUCCCAUUGAGGCUGCACUAAGCCAUAUGUUCUUCGGCUUGCAAAAACCACCAUCCAAAGUGAAGGGUGAAAGUGCUUCAUCUUCCAAUGGAUCUUCAGUCUGUGACCAGUCAUCCUCUGAGCAGCCCCGUGAUGGUGUUAAGAAGAGACAGGCAAAGAAAACAGAAUAAGUAGCUUACAAUACAUGAUAACCUGUGAAGAUGUUUAUAUUUAGUUGAGGCUGAUUGAAAUAUUUUUGUUUUAGUGAAAUGUAUAUGGGAUGAGGUUGGGGCUGUAUAAUAUGAUGGUGUUGUUUGCCUUCAGAAUGUGUAUUGUAUGCUUUUGGAACGUAUUCACAUGUCUUAAGUGCACAUGUUGGAUUUCUAAGUCUAAAAGUUCACAUUUUUAUAGUGCUUUUAAGUUCAAUAAUUUUUGUAUUUAUUAAUAGCUUUAAAUACUUAGAUGCUAAAAUAACUUUCAAAAUGUGACAGUCAGCUUUGCUAUUUUUUCUGGUAUGUCACUUGAUUCACUUCUCUUUUUUCUUCUUGAUUCUCAUGUUUCAUUUGGAUAACACAGACUUGCGCUGCCAAGUGUUCACAGCACAAUGUCCCAAGUAGGAAAGCCUGAUUAAGGCUUAAUCACAUUGCACUGUAAAGCUAUGAAAAUGUAUCACACUACUGCCUUUAAUUACAGAAAUAAUGGAAUUACUGUUUUAAUUCCCACUACACUGGUCUAGGCUUUCAUCAUUUACUUAAGUCAAUAUUUUUUGCAUUUUUUGUAUUUUUCAAAAUAAGAAUUAUCUGGCACUUUUAAAAAUUGUUAUAGUUAGGAAGUAGAAGCACUUCAGUAUUUUUCUUGUGGGCUUACUUUGAUGUUUUUUGUAAGUGUUGAAUAUUUAGCUAUUUCUUGUGUUAUAUGUGUGAUUUUUUUUUUUAAUGCUGUUUCUAGUGUCCUUCAAUUUGACUGGGAUGAGACUUCUCUGUGCCUGCACUUUUAUCUAGGCACAACAAGUUUUCUUCUUUUCAAAGUCAAACAUUCAGACUUUUUUUAAAAAAAAGAAUACUGGACAGAACAUAUGCCUUGUUUAUCACAAGUUAUGCCCUGCUAUACAUGCUGUUAAUACACACAAAUACUAUUUUCUAGCAGUUACCUCUGGUGCUAUUGAGGAAGGACAGCUACUACCAAAUGCACUGAAAGUAUAUAUUAAUGUUUGUUGAUAUUUGCUGUGUCCUGCUCGUUGCAUCUUUUUACAGACAAUAUGGAGCAGUUGUCUUACACACUUCAGAACCGAGAUCUUUAAUGCUUCACAGAUGUUGCAUUUCGUAAGAUUCUAAUAUUUUCAGAGAAGUCUUCAAUAUGAUGUGCCAUUUUUAGUAUGCAUUAAACUACUUUUACAGAAUGAGAUUCUUUGUCUUUGGAGAGUGCUGAUUUGAGGAGAAUUCUUGAAUAAAAGGACGUUGGUUAAUCUUUGUGCAGGAAUGCCAAGGAGAAUAUGGAGGAAGAUGUGAUUUGAAAAGGCAAAGUUCUAGUUCCAGGUACAUAUCUAAAUUUAGAAAAAAACUGUUGCCAGUGCUGUACUUAAAAAAGAAUCCAGGAAAUUUCUUAUGCCUGUCAAGCUACAUUUCCAUGGUAGUGACCAAAGACACUGACCUCCUUAGGCUGAAAUUCAACUGUAUAGCAAAUGUAUGCUACCUCAAAAACAAAGUCAGGGAUUCAGCACAGAAUAAAAAAGAACCUCCUACUCUUGGGACAAAGUAGUAAUGAUGUUCUUACUGUUCUACAGUGAAAAUCUUUCCAGUUAUACCCACUUGGGAGUCACACUUGCAGGGUGUCUUAGGGUUUUGAUGCUAGGACUCAUAGAUAUACAAAUAAACUUGGAGCAGCCAACUUUCUGUUUAAUUAUCUACUAGUUUCUUUAGUAACAUCAGCAAAAGUUGUCUACUGUUCCUAAAACUUCUGGAUGGAUUCUUUAAUUGAGUUGUAAUAUGAAAUUACACAGCUGUGAAACGCUGGCUGAUAACUGGCUACUCUUAUCCCAAACAAAUGUGAAAAUACACUUAGACUAAUUCUCUAACAAGUUUACAAUUUGAACAAAAAUAUAUGACUUUGUAUUCACUCAGUACUUAAAAACUACGAUACUAAAAAAAAUAGGUUUUCUUUUGUUUUACUGAAUAUUUUAAGGCAGAUAUGAAACAGUGUAUUCUGUAUUAUUAGGAUAAGGAGCAUAUGUUAUGCUAAAGGAAAUUCUGUGAUAAGCACCUUAAGAACAAACCUUCAUGUUUAAAGAUCUCACAGGCUUUUCUGUGGAAUGGGUGUUCAAAAGAACUCCACACUGAGUUACAUGCAAGUAUUAUGGGGAUUAUUAAGCUAUUUUUAGUCUGAUGAUUGUUUGUUGUUGUUGUUUUAAUAUAAAAAGAUAAUUAGUUGCAUAUGGUUUAAGCUGAAUUCCAUAGGAGGCUUUAAUACAGUGUAUCCUGGAUGCCUUAAAUAAACACUUAACUAUU